AGUGGAACGUGAGAUCAAACCAGUUCCGAGAUCGACCCACCACUAUUCCAACCCGCAGCAGUAGCUAAAGCGAACAGAACUAAGGGACCCGAGGCGUUGUUAUUCCGUUCCAAAACUCGAAAAGUGAAACACCAUACUACAACCAUCAGAAUUGUGAUUGUUAUUAUCAGCAACAGGCUGAACUUCCCCGACCUUCAUCCAUUGGUAGCAGCAACAUCAACAACCGCCUGGUUCGAUAGCGUUUGCUUUUAACGUCGUUAAUGUAUGGAACGCUUGACUGGAAAUAGCGCUACGUUGGCGUCUUAAGUUUAUGUUCUAAGUGGUAGUGCUGGAAUCGAUUCUCUUCAAAAGCUCCAAGUUUCAUUUGUGAUCUGAUCCGUGAAGCAACUGGUGCUACUGAUAGCUUACAGUGCACGGUGAAUUCGACAGAGUUCUCGGCCAAGAGAAUGCAAAGAGAAUCGUUUAGGAGCCGUACCCGCUACGUGUUCCUGUUGUUGCUUGGCCUCGCCCUGCUUAUAGGAAAGUGUGCACCAUCAGUAUACGCCCAAAGUGCUCCGUCAAAGACUGUGAGUGAGGAUGUGGUUGCGUCGAUUAAUAAUCUGGCCAAAUUGCUUUGUGAGAAACUGGCAACGCCUGCCAGUAAGACGGAAUUGCUAUCUCCGGUCAGCAUCGGCAGCAUGAUGUUGCUGCUUUUACGUGCCUCAAAGCGUGGUACGCGCGAUGAGCUUUUCAAUACGUUACAGUUAUCAGCGUAUCGUAAGCGUGCUGGCGGCAGUGCAAUUGCUAAAAAUUUUGGACGUUUGUUGAAGGAAUUUACGCACGAUAUUGCCGGUCCAGGCAUAUUACUUGACGUGCCGGCAUGGCAGGCGACCCGCAGCUGUAAUCCCAUGAUUGAUGAUGAUCCCGAUUACACCGAUGAUGAUGAUGAAUUUCUAGACGAUCCUCCGAUCCAACCGAACGUAGUGCAGUUGGCGAAUGGAAUAUUUUUGCAGCAGGGUCUGGUGAACAACUCCACCUUCGUCCGAAUGGCCAAAGAGCUAUAUCAAGCACAAAUGGCGUAUGUAAACUAUCGUGAGCAGCCAGAAGAGGCACGCAAUAUUAUUAACCAAUGGGUUAACGAGACUACACGCGGUCGAAUCGAAGAGAUAAUCGUAGAUACCUUCGACCGGACAACCCAGAUGGUGAUAGCAAAUGCCCUUUAUUUCAAAGCUACCUGGGAGACAUUCUUCAAUGAGCCACAGUACACUCGCCCACAACCGUUCUUCCCGGACGGCGAGCAAAGUUCGUCCGUGAUGGUGCCCACCAUGUUUACGGCAGGUUGCUUCCCAUAUCAUAGCACGACCGAGCUGGAUGCUAGGAUAAUGGGAUUCCCUUAUCGCAACCGCACUACAUCGAUGUAUGUAAUUCUACCGAACUCGUCCGAUCGAGCCAAGUUGCGCCAACUCCAGACCCGCCUCGACUCCGCCAGUCUUGAUCGAUUGAUCGGACAAAUGCGACUACAAAAAGCUAUCGUUCAGUUUCCCCGCCUACACGUGACCAACAGCUACGAUUUGAAGUUAGUACUACAACAGCUAGGAUUGAGGACGUUGUUCAAUCGCUCAAAGAGCAAUUUGCGAGCGUUGCUGCCAGAUAAGACGGUACCCGAGACCGAUGCUAAUCUAUACGUCACUGAUAUGCUGCACAAGAUCGAUCUGGAAGUGAACGAGCGCGGUACCGAGGGGGGUGCGGUGACGAUCACCGCGAUGGAGCGAUCCCUGCCACCUGUAAAUUUCCGUGUGAAAGGUCCGUUUCUCAUCGCAAUCCGCCACGAUCCCACAAAAAUGCUGCUCUUUUACGGUGCGAUCUUCGAUCCAUCAUAAUGUUGAACCCUGCUCUUAUCAGUUUUGAGAGCCGUCCGCUGCAAAACAAAUCAACAAAACGUGCACACAUUGUUGUACAAGUUGGUUUCGAUUGCAGCACACUUCGGAUGCACAUUGGUCUAGGAGAGGACUACGCGUGACGACUGUCACGCCGUCAUAGCGAAAGGUAGCAAAAGUUAUUAAUUUAUAAAUAAACCUCAAUAUGAGAUUGGA